UAAUUUUUACUAAUUUUAAAACAUUUCUUUCGGAUGAAUCACAAGCCUUAGUAAAUGAUUGCAAGUGUAACUAUAUAAAGACUUUUGAAGACAUAUAUAAUUUUAGAUGCGUUAAUAAUAUACAGACUCUUCCUGAAAUGAAUAACGAUUUGGGUAGUACUACUACUACUAUUGGAGGUAAAGAUUCAGAAAAGGUGAACAGUAAGGGAAGAUGUGAUGUUAGUUGGCUUUCUGAAGAAGAGAGAAGAAGGAAAAUUUUUCCAUGUGGGUUAGUUUCAGCUUCUAUUUUUAAUGACAAAAUUAGGCUUUCUUUGAAUGAUAAAAUUUUCGAUAUAGAUAAAUUUCCAGUUUUGAAUUAUUAUGAUUUUUUUUCCUAUAUAAAGAAGCAUAAAAAAUAUGCAUCUGAUUAUAAGGUAUGGAUUCAUACCUUUUCUGCGGAUUAUAAAAAUUGGUUUCAUCCUCCUAUGACUUCUUCCUUUAUUAAACCAUACGGAGUUAUUUUUGAAGAUCUCCAACCUGGGGAUAAUUAUCAAAUAGAGUUUACACAAAAUACAUGGCCUGCAAAACACUGGAAAGCAAAAAAAUCAUUUCAGCUGGUUACUUUACGAGCUGUGGGGAAUAGCGCAUAUGAAUUAGCUUACUCCUUUUUUCUUCUUGCAAUAAUUUACCUC